AAACAAAACCAAUUGCAAACGUCAUGGACAAGUUACGCAAAGUUUUGAGCGGUAAUGAUAGUACUCCCGAAGAGGAGGGAAGCAUAAUUACACAGAUAAAUGACAUGUCAACAUUAAGCUGGUCCACACGUAUCAGAGGUUUCAUAAUCUGCUUUGUUUUGGGUAUUGUAUUAUCUAUACUUGGUUCGGUAAUGUUAUUCCUGCACUUGGGCAUUGUAACAUUUGCUGUGUUUUACACCCUGGGUAAUAUUAUAUCAAUGGCAAGCACAUGCUUUUUAAUGGGCCCAUUCAAACAAAUCAAGAAAAUGUUUUCUGAUACACGCCUCAUUGCCACAUGUAUUGUGAUAUUUUCCAUAAUAAUGACCCUAAUUGCAUCUAUUGUGUUACAUAAAGCUGGUUUAACAUUGAUAUUUAUUAUCAUACAAUCACUAGCCAUGACAUGGUAUUCAUUAUCAUACAUUCCCUAUGCUAGAGAUGCUGUAAAGAAAACCUUAUCCGCUGUUUUGGAUGUUUAAUAAGUUUGGA